AUGGAAUGUCUUCAUUAUCCAAAAUUGCACUGGCAAGAUGAUUGGGUGUCAAACCAAAUAACUUUUUGGAUUCUUCCUGCCUGGGUUCUGCUUUUACACCUUCAGCUCCUGGGUUUGUUCUUUAAGUCAUCACUCUACCUCUCUUUCUCUACAGAUUUUCAGACAACUCCAUGGAGGUUGAUUUGUGGGAUCUUAGCAGUAAUGUGCCUUGUGUUGAUGGCUGCUUUGGGAAUAUUGUUGAAAAAUUCAUUUCCUAAACAAAGUAUUCGGCCAACAUCAUCACCAGUAGGAACCACAGAACCCCAGGAAGAUGCUGGCUGCUGUUAUUGUCAAGAAAAGUGGAUUGGGUACCAAUGCAACUGUUACUUCAUUUCUAAUGAAAUAAAAACUUGGACAGAAAGCAGGGAAUUCUGUGCCUCUCAGAAUUCCCGUCUGCUUCAAGUGCAAAACAAAGAUGAAUUAAAUUUCACGAACUCCCUUAUGUAUUUAUACUGGAUUGGACUGUUUUAUAGUGAAGAACAUGGUGCCUGGUUGUGGGAGGAUGGCUCUGCUCUCUCGCAAGAUCUAUUUUCAUUCUCUCAAACCAUGGAUACAGGGAAAUGUGUAACGUAUUUCAGAAGCAGAAAACUUCUGAGUGAAUCAUGUGUGAAAAAAAAUCGUUAUAUCUGCAAGAAGCAGCUUAUUUAGGUGUUUGUUAGGGCGGAUCGGGUGGGUAACAAGAUCCAGUAUUACUAAGAAUGUUGAGGUAAUCGGUUAGAUACCCUGUCUCUACUAUGUGACAAGACUCUCAGGAAACUUCUGCCUCCGCUUUCCUAAAACCAAGUUUUAUCACACAAAUAUCAGCAAUCUCAUCCAGAGAAGAAUGAGGUCUCUGUACAAAUAAAAA